ACGUGGACCAUGGGCACCCGAGCUCAGGACAAGCGAGGAAGUUUCUUUAAGCUCAUUGACACCAUCGCCUCAGAGAUCGGAGAACUGAAACAGGAGAUGGUCCACACCGAUGUCAGCCUGGAGAACGGCCUGGGACCUCCCAACACCCACAGGUGACAAAGCCUUGCCUAGGCGACAGAGGGAUUAGAGAUGGCCUGGAGCUUGCCGGGGCUCACCCGUGGCCACUCCUCCUGAAGUCUGGGACUGGCGGUGUGGUGUCCGCUCCAGAUGAAUUCUCUGGAGGAGGUGGGAGUGGCCUGGACUCACUCUGGAGGCCCUUGAACCUUGUACUUUCUUCUCCAUUCCUGACACCACAACCCGGAAACCUAAGCUUGUCUGUACCGCAGCCACCUCCUGGCAUUGAUGGCAACAGUAAUGCAGCAGGAUCGUCCCUGUGCAAGCUAGAGCUCAGGGUAGCCGAGUCGGGCUCCAGGAGGUUUGGAGGGAGCCGCUAAAGAGGAUGGACUCAUUUUGCAUUCUCAGCAUGGUCAGACACCAGGAGGACCCCUUCCCCGAGGAUAAGGAGGCGAGGGGCAGCCUGCGGGACUCCGGCUAUGACAGCCUGUCCGGCAGGCUCAGCAUCCUGGACCGGCUUCUGCACACGCACCCUGUCUGGCUGCAGCUGGGUCUGAGCGAGGAGGAGGCAGCCAAGGUCCUUCAGGCACAGCCACCCGGGAUCUUCCUAGUGCGCAAGUCAGCCAAGGUGCAGAGGAAGGUGCUGUGCCUGCGCCUCCCCAGCGAGCUGGGAGCCCCGCUCAGGGAGUUCGCCAUCAAAGAGAGCGCCUACACCUUUUCCCUGGAAGGCUCAGGAAUCAGCUUUGCAGAUUUAUUCCGGCUCAUCGCCUUCUACUGCAUCAGCAGGGAUGUCCUGCCGUUCACCUUGAAGUUGCCUUAUGCCAUUUCAACAGCCAAGACUGAGGCUCAGCUUGAAGAACUGGCCCAACUGGGACUAAAUUUUUGGAGCUCCUCCGCUGACAGCAACCCCCCCAACCCUCCACCUCCCCAUAGGCCUCCCCCCUCUGACGGCCUCUACCCAGCCCCCUGGCGCCAGCUCUGCCUCAUCAACGGGGUGCACGCCAUCAAGCCCAGGACGCCCUCAGAGCUGGAGUGCAGCCAGACCAACGGGGCCCUGUGCUUCAUUAACCCGCUCUUUCUGCAAGUGCACAGCCAGGACGUGGGGGCCGGCCCGAAGCGGCCGAGCGCAAGGACUCUACCGGCAAAUGGCUCUGAGAGGCCUCGGUCCCCGCCACCCCGGCCUCCACCACCCGCUGUCCAGACUCUGCACCCCAGCCCCGGGCUGUCUGGGACUGAAACCCGGCUGGGCAUGCCACAGACAGUUGGCUGUGACGUGCAGGAGAACGUAGCCACACUGGGAAGGAAACCAACCCCCAUCCCUCCACCCCGGCUGAAGAAGCAGGCUUCUUUCCUGGAGGCGGAGAACAGCGCCAAGACCUUGACUGCCCGGGCGCCCGGCCCUGGCCUGGAACCGGAGCCGGAGCAGGGCACAGCUGGCAGCGCAGGUGGGGCCCCGCCCGCCGGCGAUUGCACAAGGGCCCAGCCUCCUCCCGCCUCUGCAGUCCGGCCCCUGUGCCAUGGGGGCCGGCAGAGGCUGAGCGACAUGAGCAUUUCCACUUCCUCCUCCGACUCGCUGGAGUUCGAGCGGAGCAUGCCGCUGGACGGCUACGAGGGGGACACCAACAGCAGCCUGGAGGACUACGAGGGCGAGAGCGACCAGGAGACCAUGGCGCCCCCCAUCAAGUCCAAAAAGAGCCGGCACAGCUCCUUCGUGCUGCCUAAGCUGGUGAAGACCCAACUGCGUAAGGUGAGCGGGGUGUUCAGCUCCUUCAUGACCCCCGAGAAGCGCAUGGUACGCAGGAUUGCGGAGCUGUCCCGGGACAAGUGCACCUACUUUGGCUGCCUGGUGCAGGACUAUGUGAGCUUCCUGCUGGAGAACCGAGAGUGCCACGUGUCCAGCACGGACAUGCUGCAGACCAUCCGGCAGUUCAUGACCCAGGUCAAGAACUACCUGGCCCAGAGCUCGGAGCUGGACCCCCCCAUCGAGUCACUGAUCCCCGAGGACCAGAUAGACGUGGUACUGGAGAAGGCCAUGCACAAGUGCAUCCUGAAGCCACUCAAGGGCCACGUGGAGGCCAUGCUGAGGGACUUCCAUGUGGCCGACGGCUCAUGGAAGCAGCUCAAGGAAAACCUGCAGCUCGUGCGGCAGCGGAACCCGCAGGAGCUGGGGGUCUUUGCCCCAACACCGGACUUGGUGGAUGUGGAGAAGAUCAAGGUCAAGUUCAUGACGAUGCAGAAGAUGUACUCGCCAGAGAAGAAGGUGAUGCUGCUGCUGCGGGUGUGCAAGCUCAUCUACACAGUCAUGGAAAACAACUCAGGGAGGAUGUACGGCGCUGACGACUUCCUGCCCGUCCUGACCUACGUCAUCGCUCAGUGUGACAUGCUAGAACUGGACCUCGAGAUCGAGUACAUGAUGGAGCUCCUAGACCCAUCGCUGCUGCAUGGAGAAGGAGGCUACUACCUGACCAGCGCCUAUGGAGCCCUGUCCCUCAUCAAGAACUUCCAGGAGGAGCAGGCGGCGCGGCUGCUCAGCUCUGAGGCCAGGGACACACUCAGGCAGUGGCACAAGCGGAGGACCGCCAACCGGACCAUCCCUUCCGUGGACGACUUCCAGAAUUAUCUCCGGGUGGCGUUCCAGGAGGUGGGCAGUGGCUGCACUGGCAAGACGCUGCUUGUGAAGCCUUAUGUCACCACUGAGGACGUGUGCCAGCUCUGCGCAGAGAAGUUCAAGGUGUGUGACCCUGAGGAAUACAGCCUCUUCCUCUUUGUGGAUGAAACGUGGCAGCAGCUGGCAGAGGACACAUACCCUCAAAAGAUCAAGGCCGAGCUGCACAGCCGGCCACAGCCCCAUGUCUUCCACUUUGUCUACAAGCGCAUCAAAAGUGAUCCUUACGGUAUCACCUUCCAGGGUGGGGACAGAGACCUCAGCCCUUCAUAGGGGGCACAUGGGACUUCUGGUUGGUGCCCCACAGCUCACUGGAAGCCCAAGCUGGCUGCCGUGGGUGUGGGCUUGAACGACAGCCACCUCCUGCAGGCCCUCUCAGGUCAGGGACUAAGCCACACCUUUGACCUGGCUGACAGCAGCGUUUGCUGUGUUACCCAGGAAACAACCCAGCGGGCUCUCCUUGGCGGUGGAGAACCCUGCUUGAUGGUUCAAGCAUCCCGAGGUGGCUGUUCCAGGCCAGCUGACAUGUAUGGGCACGUGCUAGGUGGCACAUAAGGUACACGCUCCCCUCCUGCGUUCCAUAGCAGGAGUUUGACAAGACUGUCCGGUGCAGUGCGUCAGGUAGUCCUCAGGUCUGUGGGUGGCUCCAUCCUUUCCUUCCUUUCUCUUUUUCUUCUUCUUCUUUUUUUUUUUUAAUAAAGAAACUUUGUGUUUUUAUAUAUUUCAUAGAAAUUUUUAUAGCAGUUGCAGGCAAACUGUCAGGAUGGGUUUUUAAAAUAUUUUUGUAACUUUAAAAUAUUCUGUAAUUAUGCAUGUGAUUUUAACACUUAAUAUUCAAAAAGAAAUCUCUUGCUGGAUUUGAGAGUAUUGUGUUUUAAAAGUCUCUCUUCUGUAACUGGAUAUUGGGGCAACUUUUGGGGGAGAGACAGCUGGAUUUCUUAAAGCAGUGUAAUUCCUGACACUGGCCACAGAAUGCCUUUGGAAAUCGUUGUACUGUUGUCUUGGUCACAUGUAGUGGUGUUGUGCUUGCUGUUUCGUGUUGUGUUUUGUUUCAAACAAGUAAGGCUGAAAACACAGAGAGCAGUGAAUGUGGAGAGAGGCGGGGGAGAAACACAGACUCUGACAAAGGGCCAACGAGUGUCGUCUGCCGGCUCAGGCUCUUUGAAGGAGGCAGAGGGAACCUUAAACAAGGCUCAGAAUACUGUAAAUAUGUGACAGGAUGUGGCAAAAAUCUAUUCCAUAUGUUUUCCACUUUUGGAAGCAAUUUUGAAAGCCUCACAAGGAAAAAAAUCAAGGAUAACACUUUUUUCCCCACUUCCAAUAAAUCAAGAAUAACAGCUUCUAGUUAUUUUGGGCAGAAACCAAGUAGUGUAAAUGUGGCUUUUGUUGCAUUCAGUAAGGUGCUGCUGAGUGGGGAAAGCACAGGUAGACCCAUCUGCAUUAGGAUGCAGGGUCAAGGGUCCACCCCAAUCUUGCCAAACAAGAAAGAAAGACAAAGAAAAAAGUAGUAUGGAGAUGUUAGACCUAUGUUUUAGAAAAGCCAGCUUGCAGGUGCACAGACUAGAGGGUUGCAUCUCAGUGCAACCCAGGUAGAGACAAAACACAUCACUGUAACUGCACGGGAUGCAUCGUCCUCUCACUUGAUGGGGUUUGGUCCUUGUACUUUUGCCAGUCCUGAGUUUUGUUGAACAAGAACCUUCAGCACAUUCUGUGUUGGACUAUCUUUUGUAAAUGAUUUUUUUUAAAUGGAAAUUUGCACAUAAUACCUUGUAAUACUGUACGAUAAUCCUGUGUGAAGAUAAUGUUUGCAACAUUC